UCCUGUUGCACUGUACCCGUUUGAAACCACAUGAGUAUAUGAGUUGUUUAAUACAUAAGCUGUUAUUGAAUAAAUACAGUAUAAUAGACCUGUGUAUGGAGAACGGAGAUUGUUUGGAGUUGAUAUUAACGUUGCGUUUGGGUCCACGGGCAUGGAGCUGAAGUGGGAUCAGGCUCCUGUCACAGACCCGGGCCCAUUUUCCAAAGAUGUCUUCGAUAAAUUCACUCUGGCGCCCACCAUAAAAGAGCUCUGGGACAUUUUACAAAGCCCAGAUGAAAAAGCUGAUGUGAAAGAUGGCCCUGAAGCAAACCCAGCUGCUCACACCACACAAUCCAAUCACACAAAGAGUAACAAACCCAUGCCAGAGCCCAACGUCAGACACGACCACGGAGCUUCAGACUGCAAACAAACGCUUCCUGAAUGUAAGAACCACGUUUCUGAGACUACAGAGGGAGAAUGCUUCCCUAACCCGAAAGUACCCUACCCCUGCUUCUCCCCUCUCUCCCGCAAAGAAAGAGCGAUGUAUAUAUACAACCUUAAGAACAACAAGCAGGACACAGUUCCACAGAAUUUAAUAGAGAAGGUGAAGAUGGAGGUGGCAGAGUUUAUGAAGUACCUGCAAGAUGUCUCUAAAGCAUGCGCUGAUGAUUAUAACUUCAUGCCCACGGGAGCUUCUCGCUAUUCAGAGGAGUACUUUAAACAUUGUUUGGACCACAUGAGGAAUUACCCCCAAGUUUACAGUAUUCAAGAAAUCACCAGUUUAACAGGGGGGAAAUUUGUCUCAGACAUUUCACUCAACUUUGAGAAACAGCUGCUUGCUAUGGGCACCAUACAGAUGGUAGAAAAACGAAUGCUGCCGGAAAACACACAACUUGCAGUGGAUUAUGAGUCCAUUUCUGCUGUGAUCCCUCCAGAUAAAAAGGCCACUCAUUUCCACACACCUAUCAGCAGUGACACAAAUGCAGAGAAACUCAGUGCUACAUAUGAGCCACAUGUGUGUCUUGCAAAAGAGGCCUUCCUGCAGCUACUGAACAACAGUGCUGGGUUUACUGAGGCAUGGGACCUGCCAGUCUGUGUGAAAGUAAACCCUGUUAAAGGUGGCACCUCGAGUAAAACGGUGUACAUCGACCCUCCUCUGCUGAAGACAGACAUGACAUGGAGAGAAAGAAGUCACCUUUUUCAUGAGGAAAGUGUUCAACUGGCAUAUAAGAAGACGGGCUCAAACCCUGUUUUUUUCCUCACAUCAGAGGACUACGGCAAUCGAACUGGCUUUGCAACAGAAGAAACGAGCAGUAGACCAGUUGUUUCAUUUGACAGCACUGAUAUAGAUUUUGAAGUAGAUUUAACAGACUUGGAGUCAUUCGGAGAGUCCUGUCAACCGAAAAAGAAACUAAAGGACAACGAAUCAAAAAAUCAAGCAUCCUCUAAAAAGGAAACAUGGGGAUUAUCAAAACCCAAAGUAGAAUUAGAUAAAGGCAAACCGCUGCACACGGAGGAAGCUUCACCAAUUGAAGACUUUAUAUCGGCACCCGCAAAAGAAGAAGCGGAUGAAGAGGGAGUCAGUAUAGAAGACAGCUCAGUGGACGAGAGUGCUGAGGCUAGCUUAACUUCUGUAUGUGAAGAGGACUCUUUGAGCUGUAGUGUAGAAAUAAACGCAGAAUGUACUCCAGCCAAGCGAAUAAGAUGCUCCUCUGUGAAUGCUGAUUCUGAUGAGGAACGCCUUAUUAUUGAUGACCCAGGCACCCCACAGAACGGCAAAACAAACACGAAGAACCAGGUGACCCCUGCAGCUCAGGAGAACAUCACUGACCCCAACACAUCCUCUGUGAGCGAUUUGAAUGUGCUUAAUGGUACCUGCAGCACUGCUAAAGGAGCUAGGAAAGGAAUCAAAAGACCCAGAGUCUCGACGGAUUGCGACCAACUAGGGCAGAUUUUGCGAAUGCAAAAUGCCAUGCUGAAAUCCACUACGGCUAAAAGCCAAGAAUCUCCAAAAGCGCCAGUCACAGAGUGUCAUCCACUAAGACCAAAAUCCAACAACCAUCCUGUGUCUCUGGUCAAACUGAGCGUGUCUUCUUACCUGGACUCACAAUACAGAGAAGGGCUGCAGAAUGAGGCUGCAGCUCCUGCCACCUCUCAGCCUGCAGCUCAAAGAAAAAGGCUGCUGAAAGAGGCGCUGCUGGUGAGUGCUGAGGAUGAAGAGGACUAUGAAGCUCCUGAGGAGGGCAGUGUACUGUAUAAACUCUACAGCCUGCUAGAUGUGCUGCUGAUGGUACGCAGCUCUGCGUCCAUUGCUCUUCCCAGACACGACCAAGACACAUUCAGGGCAGUCCCUGUGCAUGUGCUGCCCAAAUUGGAGUACCAGCUGUGUUACGGAGCCGAGUGUAUGACCCAUACUGAGGCAUGCCAACUGUGGGCUGAGCAGCAGCUUAACUCCAGUACAGUAUCUUUCAUAGGUCGGAUUAAUGCACACACAUCAAAGGUAGUGCAGCUUCAAGAACUCAAGCCAGACUGGAUCCAGAGCUCCUCCUGUGAAUUCAAACCAGCAAGGUGCUUGAAUACACUCUACCACAUACUGAAAAAACUCAUGAGCUUACAAGAGGGGAGAUAUAUGUUGGGUCACAAAUCUGGUGAGGCUUUUGUGACCAUAUUCAAAGAUACUGAUGGGAAGAACCCCAGUCGCAGUGUCUACAACCUCGAGGCUGUCCACUGUGGACUUCCUGUAAUCCCAGAGGCCAAAAUUCCAUGGGUUCCUGUGGAUCCAUACCAUCUUAUGCCAUUUCACAAGAAACACUGUAGACCUCCAUGCACUUUCCCUCCACGUCCACCCACACAGCCUAAGGCAAGAGGGUGUAAAGCAGCAAAUCCAGGUAACUGCACGGCUGCAUCUACACAAGCGAGACCAGGCUCAGCAAGGACACCCAGUAAAAAGCGGAAGAAAAAAAAUAAGAAAAAAAACACAGGACAAAAAAACUCGUACAUACAGAAUGAAGAAGAUUAAAUAAGCGAUGGCAACUAACAUCUAUUUCCAGUGAUGUCUUUUUAGUUGUUUAUAUUGUUUCUGAUUGAACCCACUUUACUCGUGUUGGCUGAAUAGGAACAGCUUGGAGUUGGAUUUGAGUUUGGGUUUAUAAGAGUAAGCUACCAGUAGAUAUUUUGUAUUCCUAUAUUUUCUCAAAUGUCAUUUUGUUUUAUUUUGUAAAUUAAUUCAUUAAGUUUAUUAAAUACCAUGUUUCUACAUCAUUGUAUUUGGAUGUGUGAAAGUGCUUUGUAAGGUAUUUUGCAGAAAGCCCGGUUUAAUAGUGAAACUUUUUGGAAUAAAAUGUUUUGUUCUUUA